AUGGCGUCGUCGAAGGUUGUCUCGACGAAUCCGGAUCUGCCACGCGACUCUUCUAUAUCUCCCCUUUCCUCUCUUAUUCUCUCCGAUCUGCACCACCCCACCUCCAUGGACGACCUCCUCAAGUCCAUGACCCCCUCUGCCGCCAAGAGCGUGGACGACGUCUGGAAGGAGAUCGUCGCCGGCGCCCACCCUCACCAUCCCACCGCGGCCGCCGGAGACGACAAUGGUGGUGCCACCGCCUCUGAGGGCUACGAGACCAUUACCCUCGAGGAUUUUCUCACCAAGGCCGGCGCAGUCAGAGAGGAAGACGUGAGAGGGGUUCUGCCCCCUUCUUCUUCCGCCUCCCUCCCCUUCCCCCUUCCUCUCCCCGCAGAAGGCUCCUCUUCCUCCAUUGAACCCUUUGGAAACGGGGUUGCGCCCUCCAAUUCGGUUCACAAGGGGAAGAGAAGGGUCGUCGAUGAACCGGUAGACAAGGCUACCCUUCAGAAACAGAGGAGGAUGAUCAAGAAUCGAGAAUCAGCCGCAAGGUCCCGGGAACGCAAGCAGGCUUACACAUCGGAGCUCGAGUAUCUGGUUCAGCAACUGGAGCUAGAGAAUGCCCGGUUAAUAAAUGAAGAGGCUGAGUUGAGAAGGCAGAGGAAAAAGCAGCUCCUUGAGUACAUCAUUCCAGUUGAGGUGAUGCCUAAACCCAGAAAAAAACUUCGGAGAGUAAAUUCAACACAAUCAUUGUGA